AGAUAGUCUGAUAGAAGCGCACUCUCUGCAUAGAAGACGAUCGAUUUUCCCCCUAAAGAUUUCUGGCUUGGCGUGCAGUCCAGCAGGAUGUCCAGUGGUAUAUACACCUUCUCUGGGAGCAAAGUUCUUUGAGGAGUUCCUGGGAUAACCGGACAGUUUUGUCUAAUUUAGUGGUGAAGGCACCAUGUCACUCACAGAUCAUCACAUCUUUGUUGAACAGCAAAUCUCACACAAACUCAAAGUGAAAGUGUUGCGGGCUGAAAAUGUCACCAAGGGACCUCUUGGAGACUUAUUGGAUACCCCCGACCCAUAUGUGGAGUUGUUCAUCCCAACUUCCCCAGAGAGCAGAAAGAAAACACGACAUAUAGACAACAACAUCAAUCCAGAAUGGAAUGAGGCCUUUGAAUUCAUCCUCGACCCCAACCAAAACAAUGUUCUUAAGUUGACAUUAAUGGAUGCUAACUAUGUUGUGGAUGAAAUGUUGGGUACGGCUUCAUAUGACAUCUCUAAACUUAAAGUUGGACAAACAGUACUGGUGUCAUUUCUUAUAGGAAAAAUGACCAAUGUGUACUUAGAGAUUUCCUUGGAGGAGUGCUCAGCAAUGGACCUGCGAUUCAAUCUGGAUCUGUGCCCUAAAGAGAAGCUCUACAGACAACAUCGGCACGAUAGAGUCAUGCUGGGCAUCAAGAAAUUGUUGCACAUGGAGGAACCUUCCUCCCUCCCUUCCUCUGCUCAUGAGGUUCCAGUGAUUGCUGUUCUGGGAUCAGGGGGAGGUUUCAGGGCGAUGGUCGGGUUUUCAGGGGUUAUGAAGGCUUUGUAUGAGUCCGGAGUUCUGGACUGUGCCACGUAUGUUGCAGGCCUCUCUGGAUCCACCUGGUACAUGUCCACUUUGUACUCCCACCCAGAGUUCCCCACUAAGGGCCCAGAGCAGAUCAACCAGGAGCUGAUGAAUCGUGUGAGCAGUAACCCUCUCCGACUGCUCCUUCCCAAACACAUCACUAACUACGUACAUGCCCUGUGGAGCAAGAAGGCCACAGGGCAGCCUGUUACCUUUACAGAUAUCUUCGGGAUGUUGAUAGGUGAAACGCUCAUUCCCUCUAGGAUGGACACCAAGUUAAGUGAGUUGCAGGAAAAGAUAAAUGAAGCUCAGGCUCCUCUGCCCUUGUUCACCUGCCUGCAUGUAAAACCGGAUGUUUCUGAGCUUAAGUUUGCAGAUUGGGUGGAGUUCAGUCCGUAUGAGAUCGGUAUGGCUAAAUAUGGAACCUUCAUGACCCCUGACAUUUUUGGAAGCAAGUUCUUCAGGGGUAACGUGGUCAAGAAGCAUGAAGAGAACCCUCUUCACUUCCUUAUGGGUGUGUGGGGCAGUGCCUUCUCUAUCCUGAUCAACAGAAUUCUGGGAUUCAAUGAUGUGAACAAUGGCAGUACAAUGGAGGAAGAACUAGAACAGAUCAAACCGGAACACAUUGUAGGAGAGGACAGUCUAGAUAAUGAUGAAGACCCACAUAAAGAGGACGAGUAUCAGGCGAGCUGGAUGCAGCGUAUGGUUAGCUCUCUCCUCAGCGACUCGGCUCUUUUUAAAACACGAGAAGGCAGAGCAGGAAAAGUACACAACUUCAUGCUGGGCUUAAACCUCAACAAUGAUGUGCCACUUUCCCAUUUCAAUGAGACCGUCAGUCCCAUGGGGGAUGAAAUUGAUGCGGUCACAGACCCAUUUGAGUUUGACCGUAUCUACGAGCCGUUAGACGUAAAGAGCAAGAAGAUUCACAUGGUGGACAGUGGCUUGACCUUUAACCUGCCUUAUCCUCUGAUUCUAAGGCCUCAGAGAGGUGUUGACCUCAUCAUCUCCUUUGACUUUUCUGCCCGGCCGAGUGACUCUAGUCUUCCAUUUAAGGAACUUCUGCUAGCUGAGAAAUGGGCACGAAUGAACAAACUUCCAUUUCCCAAGAUCGACCCAAAGGUGUUUGAUCGGGAGGGGAUGAAGGAGUGUUAUGUAUUUAAGCCCAAACAAGGAGAAAAGAACUGCCCUACUAUCAUCCAUUUUGUCCUGGUCAAUAUCGAAUUCAGGACAUUCAAAGCCCCAGGUGUUCCACGUAAGACGGACAAAGAGAGAGAAUUUGCAGACUUUGACAUCUUUGAUGACCCAGAGACGCCCUACUCAACCUUUAAUUUUCAGUAUUCCAAUCAAGCCUUCACCCAGCUACAAGACCUUAUGGAAUUCAACACGCUUAAUAACAUAGAGGUCAUCAAAGAAGGCAUAAAGGACAGCAUCUUGUAUAGGAAGGAGAUUCCAUCUCGCUGCUCUGCCUCUCUUUCUCUCAGUGAAGUGCAAAACAAAAAACACCUGAAGAAGGUGUCCAAAGGACAAGCAUACCAAUAAGCAGGCGAAGUAUGAUGACAAUCUAGCCACAGGAAGUUUACAGAUGUCACACAUCUCAUCAUGGAAAUAAUUGUUUGGUUGUUUUUUAACUGAAAAAUAACUCCACAAACUGUGAAACCAGAUGAUCUGGUUUGGUCCCCAGAACAUUCUCAUGUAGCCUUUUAUUAAUAAAAAGAGAACUGGUGAGUGACACAAUGAAAACAGCAUUUACAGUCUAAUUGUUAACAUUAGAUUGUGCGGGUGUUUUAGUCAUUCAUGAACUUCUAUCAAGAUUUCUAUUAAGAUACA